AUGGAGACCCUGUCCCAGGACUCUCUGCUGGAGUGCCAGAUCUGCUUCAAUUACUACAGCCCCCGCCGGCGGCCCAAGCUGCUGGACUGCAAGCACACGUGCUGCUCAGUGUGCCUGCAGCAGAUGAGGACCAGCCAGAAGGACCUGCGUUGCCCCUGGUGCCGUGGGAUCACCAAGCUGCCACCAGGUUACUCCGUGUCGCAACUGCCCGAUGACCCCGAGGUGAUCGCCGUCAUUGCAAUCCCCCACACCUCGGAGCACACCCCUGUCUUCAUCAAACUGCCCAGCAAUGGGUGCUACAUGCUGCCCUUACCCCUCUCCAAGGAGAGGGCGCUACUGCCGGGGGACAUUGGCUGGCGGCCGCAGCCCGUGGGAGCGGAGGAGCCGGACCGGAGAGGCGUUGUGAGAAGCUCCACCUGGUCAGGGGUUUGCACUGUGAUCCUGGUGGCCUGCGUCCUGGUCUUUCUCCUGGGCAUCGUCCUCCAUAACAUGUCCUGCAUUUCCAAGCGCUUCACGGUGAUCUCCUGCGGCUGA